GUAUCGCAAAUCUUCGGAACGCCUCCGUGAGAUGAUUCGGAAUAAACCCUUUUCACCACGUGAACGUCUGUUAAAGUACGUCGAUUUUGCGCUGAAAUUUGGGCCGAUCGAGAAUUUGGACGUGGCUGCCAACGAUCUAUCAUUUGUGCAAUACUACCUGCUCGAUAUUAUUUUCCCUCUGCUCUUGCUGAUUACUCUUAUCACUGUUCUCUUGCUUUCGUUUAUAACCAGACUUGCGCGCAAGUUGUUUCUAGCACCAAAAAUAAAAAAUGAGUAAAA